AUGCAGGGAACUGUGGACCCACGCCAGCAAACUGGCAUCAUGAACACCUCCCAUCCACACCAUCUCUUCGACCUGGCCAAGCAUGGCCUGCUCAAGGAUGAGUCUUGGGUCCCCUGGGCUCCACAGCUGAUCCCUUUCCGACUCUGGGAAUACCUCUUUGUGGAAGCCGUGUCUGGUAGACACAGGGAGACCGUGGAGGCCAUGAGUGUGUUUAAGGGCCUCGAGGUCCUGCUAGACCGGGGAUUUCGCCGCCCCACGGGCCACCUCAUCGUGGUGUGGCCCACAACUCGGGAGGAGGACCUGGAGCCCAGGGACUUAGUCGAGGUUGGAGAGGCAGUGAGUCUGAGGAGUGAUGACUGUCCCGGGAAAAUGAACCCACACUGGCCCGCCGACGUGAACAUGAACACCUUCCAUCUACACAGCCUCUUCGACCUGGCCAUGGAGAGCCUUUUCAAAGAUGAGUCUUGGGUCACGGUGGCUCAGCUGCCGAUACCUUUCCACUUCUGGAAAGACGUCUUCCAUAAAGCCGUGUCGAAUGGAUGUACGGCGAUCGUGGCAGCCAUGGUAGCCGCCUGCCCCUUGGCAUGCCUGGACCUGGCAAUUCUGAAGGAGGAGAAGCAGAAUGGUCCUCUGACCAUGUUGUCGAGUGUUCUCAAGGGGCUCAGUGUCCUGCAAGACCUUGGGCCUCCCCGCGCCUCAGGCCCACUGAGAGUGUUGUUGCCCACAGCUCUAGACAGCUGGCUACAUAAGAAGUUGACAACAGAGCCCAGGGGCUCACUCGAUCUACAGAAAGCAAGGCAAACGCCCAGAGAGAGGAAGAGCGAGGACUGUUCCAAGUCACCUCCGAGGCACCCAGUGGUAGAGUUGGAGCUCGUGGGAGAUCUGAGCUUCAAGAUGACACAGUCAAACGAACUGCUCACCUUCCUCAGGCGCAGGGUGCAGGAGGGAAAAGUACUGCCUCUGCUUUGCUGUCAGAAGGUGACCUUUUCGGAUGAUCUACCCAAGUUUCCAGUCAUUGAGAAGAUCCUCGGAAGUGUGCGGCUGGAUCGUGUCGAGGAGUUGAGAAUCUACCACACGGAAGACAGACGCCUCCUGUCCAUGUUGGCUCCUUACCUGCCCCGGAUGGUGCAUCUGCGUACACUGCAGCUCCAGUCUCUUGUCGUGAAGCAGGGGUCCUCUAGGCAACGACGUCUCCUGGCCAGGUGGAACACAGACGAAGAGCUGGACGGCAUCUUCACGGAAUUGACCUCCCAGCUCACCCACCUACGCCAACUCCAGCAUCUCCGCCUGAGUAAUGUCUACCUCUGUGGCAACGUCCGCGAGUUUCUCCGGCACCUCGAGUGCCCCUUGAAGUCCCUGACCAUUUCCUCCAUUCCCUGCUCGUUAGAGAACUCGGACGUGGAAUCCUUGUCCUUGUAUACCUGCACCAGCAGGCUCCGGGCGCUGACUCUCUCCAAAACAAACAUGGAACAUAUAAAUGCCAAUUUCCUCCGAGCUGCCAUAGACUGGACCUCGGCCAGCCUCGAGUCUCUGGACUUGACUGACUGUGGGCUCUUGAAUUUCCACCUUAGCACCAUCAUACCCGCCCUGAGCAACUGCUCUAAGCUCCAACUGUUUAGAUUCUCUGGAAACCUCAUGUGUAAGGCUACCUUGAAGAGAAUGUUACGUCAGAUACUCCCAUCCGGCAAGUCCAGGCACCUGGUGCUUCCCUUGCCUCACGACUGUGGCGGUGACGUUGAGGACCCUCUAGUGUUUUUAACUGAAAUGUUUCUAUUUCUCGAGCAGUUAGAGGUUCUCAGCUACCUCCAAAUGCGUGAUGACCAAGUCUCCUUUGAUGUACUUGCUGAUGUCUUGAUGGAAUGA